AUGUUUGCUUCUGUUUUAACAAAAUUAAGACUUGGAAACCAUCUCAAGAGCCUUACUACACAAACACGAACAUGCCACAGUGUGUUUGGUAUAAAGGAAUUAAUUCAACCACAGAAGCUGGGUAAUUUCAGAGUGUCGCAAGUGUCACCUGACGAGCACAAUAAGAUGUUGGAGAUUAUAAAGCAGUAUUACAUGCCAAAUCACGUAUUAGUGAGGGACCGCAACUUGGACCUUUCCAGCGAUUGCGCACUCGAUGAAUACUUCCUAAAUUUGUUUAAACAGGGUAAUUCUUUAUACCUCACUGCAGAAGACGGAACUGUGGCAGGGCUGAGUGUCAAUUUCGCUAGUAGUCCUGUUGAUCCCCGAAAUUUAAGAAAUUACGCAUUUUACCGACAAGACUCCAACACAAAAGAUUUUCUGUAUUUUAUGGCAAAAAUGCAAGAAACGCCAAAUCUGUGGGAUAUAUUUAAAGAGUCAAAAAUUUUCGAGAUAAAAAUGAUAGCGGUACUUCCUGAGUUCCGACGGCAAGGGCUGGCUACACUGUUAGCAGAGAAGAGCAAAGAAUUGGCUCACGAUCAGAACUACAAUAUUGUACGAAUGGACUGCAUCAAUCCGCACGACUACAAGAUUGCAGAGCGAUGUAUGAUGAACUGCGUAAUCAAGUUCCCCUUGCACAAAGUACGUGGGGCCACUGCUCCCUUCAUCAAACGCAGUUCCGAUCUCAACGUGCUCCUACGUGUUUAUGUAGCGGCGCGUGCGCAACCUAACGUCAAGGACAACUUAGAUCACGAGCUAAAAAGAUUAGAGCUGCUCAUUGAAUGA